UGGGAUUGAUGUGUGAUACCGGCGUUGUGUAGAGGUAGCGAGCGGUGAGGGGGUGAUCGCAGCGACGGCUCGUGCAACCAUCCCACGUCAACAGGCCAACCAGCGGCUUAUAUGGUGCCUCCGAGUGUCACCCAGCGAUAUCGUGAACCCGCAAGAGAGGCGGUCGGCUUCAGUUAGACAAUACAACUAUUAAAACAAAAUAGAUUGGAAAGCUUCGAAAAUGGACUAUGAUUUCAAGAUGAAGCUGACGACAGAGAGGGAACGAGUGGAGGACCUGUUUGAAUAUGAAGGCUGUAAAGUUGGAAGAGGCACUUAUGGUCAUGUAUACAAAGCCAAACGGAAAGACGGGAAAGAUGACAAAGACUACGCUUUAAAACAAAUAGAGGGUACUGGAAUUUCUAUGUCUGCUUGCAGAGAAAUAGCAUUGCUGCGGGAGUUGAAACACCCAAAUGUUAUUGCUCUCCAGAAAGUAUUUCUGUCUCACGCAGACAGGAAAGUGUGGCUAUUGUUUGACUAUGCCGAACAUGAUCUCUGGCACAUAAUCAAAUUUCACAGAGCUUCUAAAGCAAACAAGAAACCGGUUCAAUUACCUCGAGGGAUGGUGAAGUCCCUAUUAUAUCAGAUUCUAGAUGGCAUUCACUACCUGCAUGCUAACUGGGUGUUGCACAGGGAUCUGAAACCUGCGAACAUUUUAGUAAUGGGUGAAGGACCAGAACGAGGGAGAGUCAAAAUUGCGGACAUGGGUUUUGCUCGAUUGUUUAAUUCACCUCUGAAGCCUUUAGCAGACUUGGAUCCAGUAGUAGUAACAUUCUGGUAUCGAGCACCAGAGUUGCUACUUGGGGCAAGACAUUAUACCAAAGCCAUAGAUAUUUGGGCUAUUGGCUGCAUAUUUGCUGAGCUGCUAACAUCUGAGCCUAUUUUUCAUUGUCGUCAAGAAGAUAUCAAGACUAGUAAUCCUUAUCACCAUGACCAGCUGGAUAGAAUAUUCAAUGUGAUGGGAUUUCCAGCAGAUAAAGAUUGGGAAGACAUUAAAAAGAUGCCAGAGCAUUCAACAUUGAUGAAAGAUUUCAGAAGAAAUACUUAUACUAACUGCAGCCUUAUCAAGUAUAUGGAAAAACAUAAAGUAAAGCCAGAUAGCAAAGCUUUCCAUUUGCUUCAAAAGUUACUCACAAUGGACCCAACCAAGAGAAUUACCUCAGAACAGGCUAUGCAGGAUCCCUACUUCCUUGAAGACCCACUCCCUACAUCAGAUGUUUUUGCCGGUUGUCAAAUUCCUUAUCCAAAACGAGAAUUUCUUACAGAAGAUGAACCGGAUGAUAAAGGAGAUAAGAAGAACCAACAGCAACAGCAAGGCAAUAAUCACACUAAUGGAGGUGGCCAUCCAGGGAAUCAAGACAACAGUCACACGCAAGGACCCCCUCUCAAAAAAGUCAGAGUUGUUCCCCCUACCACUACCUCAGGUGGACUUAUCAUGACCUCAGAUUAUCAGCGUUCCAAUCCACAUGCUGCCUAUCAGAAUCCUGGACCAAGCACGUCACAACCACAAAGCAGCAUGGGAUAUUCAACUACCUCCCAGCAGCCUCCACAGUACUCACACCAAGCACACCGGUACUGAGCUGUAUCCAUUUCUCAAGCUUAAUGCACUCACUGAGACUACAGACUGACCAUAUGGCUGGCAGCCUGGGUCUGGCUCAGUUCCCAAGAAUGUACUGUAUAUCCACAUUAGCCAAGUUCUUUUCUUUCCACAGAUGGAGCAGUGCCUCCACAAUGUAAAGUACUUGGGUUAGACUUGAAAAGAAAGCUCUAGCACAGUUUGUGUUUAUUGACAUGCUGCUUCCAUAGUUUACUUGACCUGCUUCUUCAGAUCAAUUGUUCUCCACUUCUCUGCCCACCCCUCCUUAUGGUUACAUCUUGUAGCAGUUGAAGCUGUGAAUGUGCUAGAGCAACCAUUUUUAAUUUUUGGUGAUGAAUGUUCUUGCUGUUCAACACUUGUUUUGUGAAUAGCAAGAAAAUAUCUGCUAAUCUGGUACUUGAAGAACAAUUAUGUUUAAUAGUCAUCCAUGAUGCAGACUAUACAUUAUUUGGUACAAACUUCAAGUUUGUGUGCAUAUUGUGGUAGGUUACUUUUUGUCUCUGUUUUAUGUCAAAUAUAUUUUCAGCACAAGAUUUUAUUGUAUGUAAGCUUCAUAAUUUAUCAACAGAUUGUAACCUCCCAAAGUCUCCAUCUGGGCAGUUUUAAAUGUAUAUCUACGUUGUCCAAGCACACCUAUAGCAUAUCCCAUCCCAUUCUUUACAAUUGACUUGAGUUAUAACAGCUGCUACAUUUAAUUUUACCAGCAGUAAGUGAACUGUACUGAGUAUUGUAUCUAUGAUCUUUAUCCAGUCUUUCAAAGUACAUUUACUUUGGGCAGUGUUUUUUUUAUUGGUGUUGCUGAUUUGUGAGCAUGCUUUGGGGGUAGCAAACAAAAAGAAUGUGAUGUGUCUCCAUGUUUGCAGCUUCAGCUCAGAUAUUUUGUCAAGAAUUCGCAAAGCUGACAUUGUAUAGUGGAUUUAAUUUUUGUUGAAUCAUUUUUUUUAAAAUGAAAAUGUAUGUGCUUUUAUUGAGUGCCCUUAAGAUGAGUGUGAGAUGUAGGAGAGCCUUAGAAUUCAUUUAAAAAAUGUAAUGUGUACUGUACUAUUUUACAUGAAAGAAGCAAGUGUUCUGACAAUAAAUUUUGGAAACUUAUAGUAUUAACUUUACUACUGUUAAAAUUUAUUAAGUAUUGCGGAUGCCUUUAAUGCAUUGAAUGAAAUACCUUUGAUUCCAUUUUGUUGAGUACAAGAGUACACAGCUGGAACCUCAGCAUUUUUUCUCAACUAGUUCUUUAUAUCUCUCUCUUUAGUUUUCCAUCUUAAUUAUUCUUAUAAUUUCUUAAAAACUUGCAAUCUAUGCAAUAGCCACUUUAACACAUGGUUGACAGAUAUACUAAGGCAGUUGCAGUCAAUGUUUUCACCUGUUGGGCAUUUUCAUCUUUAAAUUUCAUUGGCAAUGCACACAGGUUUCUGACACCCUCUUGUGGCCAGUAAAGUAACUUUGCAAAGGAAAGUUUGAUCAGGCACUGCAUUAAUUGUUGUCAUUUGCUUAUAUAGUUCCUUUAAAUAAUUUGUCUGAGCAUAUUUUACUUUUUUGUUACUCUUAAACUAGAAAUUUCCAGCAUGGCUAUGUGGCCAGACAUUUUUACUGUGCUAAAUCUGGAGAAAAAUAUAGAUACGUUCUGUAGUUUUAUUCAUUGGCAUCUCUCUCUCAUUAUCACUACCAAAAAAAUGUUUUUGAAGGUAUUGAAUGAAAUGUUAUUCACAAAAUACAGGAAGCCCACUUAUUAGAAACCUUAAACAUGUCAGGCUUAGAAUACCUCUUGAUGGGUCAGUCAAGGAGCAGCAUUGAUGGUAUCUGUGGACUGAAGAAAGCAUGGAUGUGGGAAUAAAAAGUAAUAUUUUAAAUAUUUGUAAAAUUAAAUGCACAGAAUAAAAUAAUAUCAAUUACAUUUUAAUUUUUGUUUAUAUUUUUUUCCUCUUGACUUACCACCUCACCCACCCUUAAAUUGUGAACUUUACUUGCACAUAAUAACAAAUGAUUGGGGAUGAUGAAUCAGAUACUUUAUUAAACUAGUUCA